CUCCAAGAACUGAGGAAGAAGGAACUAAGAGUCUAUGAACUCAUGGUCAUGAAGACAAAUAAGAAUCCCAAUCUGGUCAACUAUUUAGACAGCUACCUUGUGGAUGGGCAGCUCUGGCUGGUCAUGGAGUACAUGGACGGAGGCACUCUGAGCGAUGUCAUCAGCGAGACCUACCUGUCUGAAGACGAGAUGGCAGCCAUCAGUCGGGAGUGCCUGCAAGGCCUGGAUUUUCUUCACUCGAACCACGUGAUCCACCGAGAUGUGAAGAGCAGCAACAUCCUUCUCAGAACCGACGGCUCUGUCAAGCUGGCUGACUCUGGCCUCUUUGCUCAGCUCACCCCUGAGCAGAGUCGACGGAGCUCAGUGGCCGGCACUUCUGGGUGGAUGGCGCCUGAAGUGGUGACAGGUCAACCAUGUGGCCCCAAAGUGGACAUAUGGUCUCUUGGAAUCGUGGGCAUCGAAAUGGUGGAACGAGAAGUUCCUUACUGGAAUGAAACUCCUGUUUCGCCUCAACUCCUGAUAGCCAUACGAGGGACACCAAAGCUGCAGCAGCCCAACCGAUUCUCGCCUUGCCUGCGUGACUUCCUGAGCUGCUGCCUGCUGAGAAACGAGGCACAGCGCUGGUCAGCCAAGGAGCUCCUGCAGGCAUGGGGCACCUACAAGCUCUUGGGACAAUCUGUGCUGGUGUUGCACCAUGCUCUGAGUAAACAAGUUCUUCCUUAG